AUGGGCUCUGCGUACACUAUCUUGGGUAAAUCCGUUCCAUCUCACUGGUUGGCUGUCGCCACUCUCUCCCUCACCAUUGGUGGUACCGUCUUCGCUACCUCCGGCUCCAAGCCAGCUGCUGCCCCAACCGCUGUUACCGCUCCAGCCGCCAAGGACGAAGAGUUUGACCUCGAGAAGAUUUUCAACGACUUGACCAAGGAAGAAGCCAAAUAA